AAAAUACUCUUUAUUACCUCAGUUUUAUUCAGUUGUGGCCUGAAAUCAUCAUCAUCUUCCACAGUUGAUUAAUCUCAGCAAUUUAGAAAUUGUCAAAAAGUCAAUUUGUCAAAAAUGGCAACUUUAUUAUAUAUCCCCUUCCUUUUAAAAUAAAAUCCAAACCUUUUACCUUUGUCACUGAAAAAUAAACUCUCCUUAUUUCCUCAACCCACAACAUUUUGGUAUAAAAGCCACUAUUUCCAAGAAAGUACACAAAAUUUUAGCUCAAAACCUAAAAUUCAGACCUUUUUUGCAAUAAAUCAACCCCACAUUUUCCGGGUUUUUCCCAUUAUUUUCUGGGUAUUGCUCAAAUUUCCAACUUUUUUUAUGGGAUUGUCCUAAUUUUUUCUCGGCAGUGUUCAGAUUUCCAAAAAAUCAUAAGUUUUUCCUGGGUUUUGUUCAAAUUGCAAAAUAAAGUACAAAAAGUAGUUUUUUUCCCUCCUUUUUUUUUUAAUAAAAAAAUGGAGGUAAAUAGUGCAGCAGAGUUAUACAGAGUAGCAAGUGCUCGUUUAGGAGGAAGUUCCUCAGUAGUUUGGAGAAAUAGUGGAAGGGAAGUAUUUUCGACGUCGACUCGAGAUGAAGAUGAUGAAGAAGCAUUAAAAUGGGCUGCACUUGAGAAAUUACCAACUUAUAAUCGUGUUAGGAAAGGUAUUUUGACUGAUGUUUCGGGUCCUCCUAGAGAAAUUGAUGUUGAUAGGCUUGGCUUUGAUGAAAAGAAAGACCUUUUAGAGAGGCUUGUUAAGACUGCUGAGGAAGAUAAUGAGAAUUUCUUGCUUAGGCUCAGACAACGUAUUGAUAGAGUUGGAAUUGAUAUCCCAACAAUUGAAGUAAGAUAUGAGCAUUUGAAUGUUGAGGCACAAGUUUUAGUUGGAAGCAGAGGUUUGCCUUCUGUAUUGAACUUCUUCUCCAAUGCAGUAGAGGUUGUGUUGAAUUUUCUCCACAUUCUUCCAAAUAGGAGAAAACCAUUCACAAUUCUUAAUGAUAUUAGUGGACAUAUUAAGCCUGGAAGGUUGACAUUACUUCUAGGCCCUCCUGGCUCUGGAAAGACUACCUUGCUGCUUGCAUUGGCUGGUAAACUUGCCAAAGAUCUUAAGUCUUCGGGAAAUAUCACCUAUAACGGACACACAAUGAACGAGUUUGUUCCACAAAGGAGCUCAGCAUAUACCAGUCAACAUGAUCUUCAUAUUGGAGAGAUGACAGUCAGAGAAACCUUAGCUUUUUCAGCAAGAGUUCAAGGGGUUGGAACAAAUUAUGAUAUGCUGGUGGAAUUGUCAAGAAGAGAAAAGAAAGCCAAUAUUAAGCCUGAUGCUGAUAUUGAUGUCUACAUGAAGGCAGCAGCAAUUGAGGGGCAGGAGGCAAGUGUAGUUACUGAAUACAUUCUCAAGAUUUUGGGCCUUGAUAUUUGUGCGGAUACAAUGGUGGGGAAUGAAAUGAUAAGGGGUAUUUCAGGAGGACAAAGAAAACGGCUUACAACUGGAGAAAUGCUGGUUGGGCCAGCAAAAGCACUAUUUAUGGAUGAAAUAUCGACUGGUUUAGACAGUUCUACAACAUAUCAGAUUGUCAACUCAAUCAGGCAAUCCAUCCAUAUUCUGAAAGGAACUGCUCUAAUUUCACUCCUUCAGCCUGCUCCUGAGACAUAUGACCUGUUUGAUGAUAUAAUACUUGUUGCUGAUGGACAAACCGUGUAUCAAGGUCCUCGAGAAUAUGUGCUUGAAUUCUUUGAAUACAUGGGUUUCAAGUGUCCACAGAGAAAAGGAGUUGCUGACUUUUUGCAAGAAGUGACAUCAAGAAAAGAUCAAGAACAAUAUUGGUGCCUUGAAGAGCCUUACGGUUUUGUGACUGUCAAGGAGUUUGCAGAAGCUUUUCAAUCAUUCCAUGUUGGCAGGAAACUUGCCAGUGAGCUUUCCAUUCCAUUCGACAAGUCGAAAAGCCAUCCUGCAGCCUUAACAACAGAGACUUUUGGCCUUGGUAAAAGAGAAUUGCUUAAAGCAUGCAUGUCUAGAGAAGCAUUGUUGAUGAAGAGAAACCAAUUCAUCUACGUGUUUAAGGCUUUUCAACUCAUUCUGACGGCACUAGUGACUGCAACAGUGUUUUUGAGGUCUCAUAUGCAUAAGAGAAAUGUACAAGAUGGGAUGAUUUAUAUGGGUGCUCUCUUCUUUGCUCAAAUUCAAAUCCUUUUUAAUGGGUUUGCCGAGAUGGCAUUAGCAAUCGUGAAGCUCCCAGUCUUCUAUAAACAGAGAGACUUGCGAUUCUAUCCUGCUUGGGCAUAUGCCUUACCUUCAUGGAUUCUCAAAAUACCAAUAGCUAUUAUAGAAACAGCCAUCUGGGUUAUCAUAACUUACUAUGUCAUUGGCUUUGACUCCAAUGUGGGAAGGUGUUUCAAACAAUAUCUCAUCCUCUUAGGUGUUCAUCAGUUGGCUUCAGCUUUGUUUAGAUUUAAUGCUGGAGUUGGAAGAAACAUGAUUUUGGCUAAUACAUUUGGCACCGGUGCUCUUGUUACACUUCUUGUGUUGGGUGGAUUCAUUAUAUCUCGAAGAGACGUAAAGAGCUGGUGGAUAUGGGGCUACUGGAUCUCUCCAUUGAUGUACGGGCAGAAUGCACUUUCUGUUAAUGAAUUCCUUGGCCAUAGUUGGAGCAACUCAUCUUUAGGGAUACAGGUUUUGGAAUCUCGUGGGAUAUUUGCCCAUGCGUAUUGGUAUUGGAUUGGCCUUGGAGGACUAGUAGGAUACGUUCUUCUGUUGAACCUGCUCUAUACAUUUACAUUAACAUAUCUAAAUCCUCUUGGGAAACCUCAGGCUAUGUUAUCUGAAGAGGAUUUGAUUGAAAAACAAGCUAAUUUAACUGGUAAAGCUAUUGAGUUGUCAUCCAGCAGAAGAAGAUCCUCUCAUUCUCAAAGGAGAGUAGAUAUUCAAGAACAAGUUAAUGAAAACUCGAAAAGGGGGAUGGUUUUGCCUUUUGAACCUCUUUCUGUUACCUUCGAUGAUAUCAGAUACUCAGUAGACAUGCCUCCUGAAAUGAAAGCACAAGGUGUCACUGAGGACCGACUAGAACUUCUAAAGGGUGUGAGUGGUGCUUUUAGACCCGGAGUGUUGACAGCACUUAUGGGUGUCAGUGGAGCUGGAAAGACCACUCUGAUGGAUGUUCUAGCGGGGAGAAAAACUGGUGGAUAUAUCGAUGGAGAUGUUAGAAUAUCGGGGUAUACAAAGAACCAAGAAACCUUUGCUAGAGUUUCUGGAUACUGUGAGCAGGCUGAUAUUCACUCUCCUCAUCUCACUCUUCACGAGUCUUUGUUAUUUUCUGCCUGGCUUCGGUUGCCCUCUGAUGUAGAUGAAUCAAAAAGAGAGAUGUUUGUAGAGGAGGUCAUGGAACUUGUAGAACUGGAGACUUUAAGGCAUGCACUUGUAGGACUUCCAGGAGUUGAUGGUCUGUCAACUGAGCAGAGAAAGAGGCUAACAAUUGCAGUUGAACUUGUUGCCAAUCCAUCUAUAAUCUUCAUGGAUGAGCCAACCUCCGGGCUUGAUGCUAGAGCUGCUGCCAUUGUAAUGAGGACCGUCAGAAAUACAGUUAAUACAGGACGAACAGUGGUUUGCACAAUCCAUCAGCCUAGCAUUGACAUUUUUGAUGCUUUUGAUGAGUUGCUACUGCUCAAGCGAGGUGGACAGCAGAUAUUUUUUGGUCAAAUAGGCCGUCAUGGUGUCCAACUUAUCAAAUACUUUGAGGCGAUCAAUGGCAUUCAAAAGAUCAAAGAGGGUUAUAAUCCAGCAACUUGGAUGUUGGAGGUAACAUCAGUUGCUCAAGAAACGGCACUUGGUGUUGAUUUUGCUCAAAUAUACAAGGAUUCAGAUAUUUACAGGAGAAGCAAAGCAUUGAUAACAGAACUUAGUGUACCAGCUCCAGGAUCAAAGGACUUGUACUUCCCUACUCAAUAUUCACAGUCUUCCAUAUCCCAAUUUACAGCUUGUUUAUGGAAACUGCAUUGUUCAUAUUGGCGAAACACUAUGUACACUGCAAUGAGGCUCCUUUUUGCAUCAUUUGUUGGUGUCAUGUUUGGAUCCAUUUUUUGGAAGGUCGGAAGUGAAAGGAAUACCCAACAAAGUCUUUUCAAUGCAAUGGGUUCUAUGUACACAGCCGUACUUUUUCUUGGUAUUCAGAACUCCUCAGGAGUUCAACCAGUUGUGUUUGUUGAGAGGACAGUGUUUUACCGAGAAAGAGCAGCAGGAAUGUAUUCUGCUUUGCCUUAUGCCUUUGCACAGGUUAUGAUUGAGCUUCCUUACACAUUCUUCCAAACAAUCCUGUAUGGAGUGAUAGUAUAUGCUAUGAUGGGAUUUGAAUGGACUUUAGCCAAGUUCUUUUGGUACAUUUUCUUCAUGUACUUCACCUUGCUUUACUUCACAUACUACGGUAUGAUGUGCGUUGGUCUAACCCCGAAUGCAAGUGUGUCUGCCAUCAUUUCCUCUGCCUUCUACGGAGUAUGGAAUCUUUUCUCUGGAUUCCUUAUCCCAAGACCUAGAAUACCAGUAUGGUGGAGAUGGUACUACUGGGGAUGCCCCAUAGCAUGGAGCUUGUAUGGAUUGCUAGCCUCACAAUUUGGUGAUUAUAAUGAUCAACAAACAGACAUACUCAGAGACGUUCCUGGUGAGCCAACUGUGACCGCGUUUCUGAAUAGCUAUUUCGGUUAUAGACACGACUUCUUGGGAGCUGUUGCAGGUGUAAUCCUAGGGAUAAAUCUUCUAUUUGCUGUGGUUUACGCCUAUUCUCUCAAGGCCUUCAACUUCCAGAGAAGAUAGUGGGCUUGUAAAUUGUAAUUUUGAGGAUGCAUAUACAUACUAGUACAAUUUUUUUCUUUAUUUCUAGAAAUGUUCAUGUGUUUGCUAUUUAAUGUAGGCAAGUCUUAAGAUCAAUAGCUGUUGCAUUAUUUUCUUUUUACUUGGUACAAUUUGACUUUUCUUAUUGA